AUGGAGUGGGACGAUGAUAAAGUUAUAAAACUAAUAGACCUCUAUCAUUUAAAAGAAAUAUUAUGGAACCCAAAAAAUAGUGACUACAAAAGCCGGCCAAAGCGUUACGACGCAUUUAAUGAAAUUGCCAGUGAAUUUGCUACUGAUGUUCCGAAAAUCGAGAGAAAGAUAAAAAAAUUAACUAGUCAUUAUUACCGAGAGAAAAAAAAAGAAGAUAAUUCAAAUAAGUCUGGUGCGGGUACUAAUGAUAUUUAUCAUAGUAAAUGGUUUGCCUACAAAUCACUAAAUUUUCUGCAAAACAAAAAUGUUCCUACUGGAACCACCGAUACUGUAAGUUUCAAUGACAAAAUCGAGUCUGCAGUUGUAUCGGAAUUUAGGACUAACACAAUAAGGAAAAUAGUCAAUGAAAAUAACCCACCUAGUUGUGGUGCUAGAAUUGAAGAUGGGAAAAUACAGUUAUUACAUUGUCCAGGGAAAUUGAUAGUAAUUACCCUUAUUUCAGCAAAAGAAUUGAACUGUAGAAGAGUGAAAGGAAUGUCAGUUUUUGGUCCAGUUUUGUUAAAAAAUGAACGAUGCAAACAGCAACUACUUAGUUUGUUAAACUGUGCUGAAGCAUUGAAGAUAGGUUACUUAAGAGGUGGCUGUAAAAUUAAGAAAUCUUCAAAACAGGAUGUCAUUAUCAUGUCAGCUCUAGUAACUAUAUCUCUAAUAUUUUGGUUAAUGACAUUCAGCAUCUGUCUAUUUUUAAUAAGAAUGAAUAGAUGGAAUAAAGAUUUUAAAUCAUCAGUGAAGUUUGACGGUUUAGAACUAGAGCAGUUUGUAGGUUAUGAUUCUAAAGUAGGAACGAUAGUUUACAAAGAAAAGCCAAAGAAUAAUCAAAAUGUUGACAGAGUUUUGAAAAAAGUAAAUUGGUGUGCGAUUAUAUUAGCUCUGCUAUGUUUUAAAUCAAUAAAUGUUGAAGCAUACGAUUUGUUAGAGACUCAAGUAAUUUCUGACAAUCAAUUCAAGUAUGCAAUUUCGCUAUCAUCUAGUGAAAAUAUCAGAGUGGGUGCUAUGGAAAUUAGAUUUGCUAGUUCUACAAUGGAAGCCAGAUUGUCACCAUCCUUCACAACUUAUUCAUGGGAUUUAGAGAAACAUGAAACUUAUUAUUGUCAACAGUCAGGCUGCAACACCAAAAUGACUUGCAGAGAGGAUAUUUUGCCAUUCACUGAGAUGACUGAGAGUGUGCGAGAGGAAUUUCAAAUUAAUAAGCAAAGCUAUGCUUAUGCAGCAUGCAAAAACAUGAAAGGGUACUGUGCAUUCGGAAAUGGUUGCUUUAUAAUUGUUUUACUAGAAGAGCCGAUACAACGGAUAAAAGAAGCUCCUUCAGCAACAGAUUUCGCGGCAAUAGCUCAUGUGCCACUGCAGAUCUACCAAAAUGAUGGUGUAGUAGGUUAUAGUAAAAUAAUUGUCCAAGAUUUUGCUUAUGAUAGUGAAGUAAUAGUAUCUUUACUUAAAAAAGUCGAUGCGAUAUGGUUCUAUGUAGAAGAGGAUUCUUACGAUAUAUGCGAGGAGACAUCUGAUGCAUCGCUCUUUGAACAAUUUAUUUGUACCCAGCAGGAAGAAGAAGAAGAACAAGACAGUAUGGAUUAUGUUCCAUUAGAAGAGUAUCAAUCAGACAAA